AUGGCAUUGGGCCUGGAGCACAGCGUGCUGCUCUUGAGCGACGGAGAUGCCGUGGCCUUUGGCCGGAAUAGCUACGGCCAAUGCGAAAUCCCAGAGCUUCCUGAUGAAGAGGAGGAUCCAGCCGCAAGCCGCUACAUUGGGGCCUCCGCUGGGAUCAGCCACACGGCUCUGCUGCGCAGCGACGGGCAGGCUGUCGUCUUUGGAAGCACCUCAUCCGGCGAGUGCCAGGUCCCGGAGCUACCGGCGGGCACCAGCUACGUGCAGGUCGUUGCUGGCUACACCUUCACGCUCCUGCUGAGGAGCGACGGCGUCGCCGUGGCCUUCGGGGACAACUCGGCCGGCCAGUGCAAUUUGCCGGAGCUGCUCGAGGGCCAGAGCUAUGUUGGAGCCGCAGCGGGGCGUACCCAUGCGGUGCUCCUGCGCGAGGAUGGUUCGGCGGUGGCCUGGGGCCUGAACAAUUCAGGCUCCUGCACCGUGCCUGAUCCGCCUGAGGGUGUACGCUACGUCGACGCUGCCGCAGGCGGCGACCACACAGUCCUAAUACGGGAUGAUGGAGAGGCCGUCGCCUUCGGCCACAACGGCGCUGGGCAGUGCGACCUGCCACCGCCGGUCGAGGUCCUACGGUCCGAGCUCUCACCUGCCAGGGCCUGCGCUACGUGGCGUGCGCUGCUGGCUGGACUCACACGGUACUUCUCCGAGACGACGGGGUCGCACUCUGUGUGGGCGGCAAUGGUUUUCGGCAGCAUCCGCAUUGGUGGCGCGGAGCUGAGAUCUAGGGCCAUGGAAACAGCGGCGGCGGCGAAUCAGGAUGCUACCGAAGGCGGUUGGUACGGCUGGUCCUCGGUGGGCUGGGGUGUAGAUGAUUGGCGUGGCGACCGCAGAUCAUCGGUGUCUUCUUGGGGAAGCGAGGGCAGUGCUAGUGGUAAGUGGUGGUCGACACCGCAGGGACCUGUGUGGGGGUCAUCACUGGACGAAGCAGUGCAUUUUGCACUGCAGCGUGGGUGGUUUUCUGUAGACAAGCAGUUCUGCGAGUGGUGGUCCACACAGGGCAACGGCAGCACCGGGACAACGGAAGAUGAAGGACAACCUUCCAUACCGGUUGAGAGAGACAUCGACGAAGCCAUUGACGAUCAGCAGCCAGAAUACAAAGAAAAGAAGCAACCCAGGACCGGCAAGGAAGACAUUCCAUCUUUUGAUGGGACCACGUCCAUGCGAGAGUACCGUCGCAGGGUGAAGUUGUUUGAGAGCGUCACCGGCAUUGACAAACCGUAUCGCGGAGGACGGCUCUUGGAGAAGCUCAGUGGCCAAGCUUGGAAGGCAGCAGAGACUUUGGAGAUCGAGGCUUUGCGGACCGAGAAUGGCGUGGAGGUGCUGCUCAACCAUUUGCAGUCCGAGCUGGAGCCUAUUGAGUACUUGCGCACUUUCGAGGUGCUCAAUCACUUCUUUAAGACCUUCAAGCGGCAGCGUGGCGAGGAGAUGACCUCUUACGAUACUUCUUUCCGUGUACAAUGUGAGAAGUUGAAGGAAGUAGGAACUGUGCUCGAGGGCAGCGCCAAGGCAUGGUGGUUCCUGGAAAAAGCCAACAUCGGAGACGACCUCAGGCAGAAAGUCGUCACCGCAGCGAACGGCGACUACGAGUACAACAAGCUUCGUCAAGCUUUGGUCGCCAUAGUGCCGAACAGCCAGAAGGUUGAUGACAGCACGGCUUCUACCAGCGCCAGGCCGACGCACAGUGCCAGAACAUGGCAGCGGGGCGGUAAGGGCAGCUCCUUCAAAGUGAACGCUGUGGUUGAAGAACACGGUGAGUCCGAGGGUUUGCAGGCUGGCGAAGAGGACGAUGCCAUAUCAGAAGCUGGGCUCCUGGAGCGUGAAGCCGAGGUGUUGGUAACUCAAGCUGCCAAGAAGCGGGCCCAGGUUGAAAAGGCAAGGGGUUUUCAGCAGGUCGAGACGCCAGCAGACAGGACCAAAAGGAUCCAAGACCUGAAGAAACGUCUACCGUGCUCUGCUUGCAAGGCCAAAGGCAGGAUGGUGUACGGCCAUUGGCAUUCGGAUCCGGAGUGUCCCGAGAACAAGUCCAACAAGAGCACAAGUGGUACCUUUGUGACGUCCCAUGCGUCUUCCGACGACGAUGAAGAGGACGACAUGGAGGCUGCCUACAUGGUAGAGGGUACAGGCCUCGUCAUGGCCACGAGUCACCAACUCAGAGCACAGAGCCGUGGGCUGGCGCUCUCUGACACUUGCUGUGCACGCACAGUUGCGGGCGAGCGCUGGGUGGCGCGACACUUGGAGGUGCUUGAUGGACGGCAGGCUGAGUACAAAAUCGUGAAGGAGCGUGAGCCUUUCAGGUUUGGAGGAGGUCCUAAAGUCUUCUCCAAGUUUGCAGUCAUCAUUCCCCUCAUGAUCCAUGGGGCCGACACAGUUCCAUACUUGCGUGUCAGUGUGGUCGCCGAGGAUGUGCCACUUCUGGUAAGUCAGCCAGCAUUGCGCUCUUUGGGGAUGGUCAUGGAUUUGGUCGGAGGUGUCUUCAGCUUCGCAGCAUUGAACGCCCCAAUGGUAGAGCUCAUUACCACGGACACCGGGCACGUUGGGUUUGACAUCGUGAAGGCGACUUCCGCUGGUAGCGCACAGCCAGAUUGGGGCGAGAUCCUCCACAUCGACAGCGAAGUGUGGAUAUCGUCAAGACCGACCAUAAUCUUCCUGAUCGAUCUCACGGACCCGAUCAUCCUCUUGACCUUCGUGACCAUGUCCUCCGUGACAAAGGUGGGAGCUCCCCGUGUGAAAGCCGACUACGUGGCCCGCAUUGCGGAACAGUCGCAGCUCGAGCCUGCCGACCUGGACAAGAUGACAGUGGAUCGGCUCAAGGAGUUGUGGCGAGUGAUGAAACCCCCCAAGACAUCUCCUGUGUUGGAGGUAGGGUGGAAGAAAAAGGACAAGGCAGGGCUACUUCAGAUCUACGUGGAACAGGUGAUCCCAUGGUAUGGCCUCCAGAACGACGGCCAUUGGACGAAGUACUCUCGAGCGAAGUUUAUCGUGGAGAUCGAGAAUUGGGUCCUCGAAAAGCAAGAGGAGCAAAAGAUCACCGGGGGGUGCCAGGAGAACACCACGCCGCUGGCGCCGUAUUGCGAGAACUGCCACGUGCCCAUGUUGGAAAAGCGGAACCGGCUCACUCACGAAGUGUUCUGGGGAUGUCCCGUCUUCCCCGUGUGCCGGGCGACGCUUCCAAAGAAUGUGGAUGGCAAGCCUGCGGCAAUCGUCCAGGCCGCGAUGGACAAGAACAAGGGCAAGGGCAAGAACAAGAGCAAGGGCGUGGGGGCGGCCGCAUCAACCAAGCGUGGAAAUCCGCAAUCAGAGGACUCUCAGAUUUCGUCUUGGGCACCGGUGGCUGGCGACAGCGACUUGGAGGAACUCGAAAAGGUCCAAGUCGAGUCGUCAGUGAAAGAGCCGGUGGGUGCCCUGGUGCGCGAUCCGGAAGAGCUGCGGCAGGUCAUCCGAAGGCGCCAAGAUCGCGAGAAGGUCAUGCGACAGGGCACUAGGAAGCGGCUAGUUGGAAAUAUCCGACACAUUUUUGGAGUGUUUGCUGUGACCUUGGCAUCACUCAACGCGCAAGUUGCAAGCGGGGCUUUGUCAGUAGCGAAAUUUGGCACGGACCGCCCUGACGUUGUAGAAGUUUGUGCUGGAUGUGAAAUCAUGUCCAAGCACUUCUCGCGUUGGGGCUGGUGGAGUUUAUCGCCAGUUGAGGUCAAUUUGGGUGGUUCGUGUGAUGAUAUGAGCAUGAUUGUUGAUAGAGUUGAUUGCAGCCGGCCUAGAUUAGUUGUUGUGUCAUGCCCUCCAGAGGUUAUGCAGUCGAACAAGCAGGGACUCAGAGCUCGCGCGGAGUGGUCGCAGAUCGCUAGUGAGUUGUUUGUCAGACAGACGCAACGAGGUGAUGAGGCCCUGAUCAUGGCGCCGUGUGGAGAUGUAUCUGUUCAGCUUGCACUUGAGCGUACGAACUGUGCCAAUGACAUUCAAACAUGCGUCGCAAAAGGGUGCACAACGAGCAACGGCAAGCCCAAGCGUGCCAACAUGUUGUGGCUGUCAUCUUCGUAUGAGUUGUGUGAUGCCAUUGCUCGCGAAAGUAGACUGAGCAGACAUGCCAGUGACAUCAGUGAUACUGCUGUUGCCAAAGUUUGUGCACAGACGGUGAUCAAAGGGUUUGUUAAGAUGCUGAAAAACAAAUGCCCUGGGAGAAUCUACCGACUGCUAACCGCCGUGCAACGGCGACUGAAAGCUAAGCGUGCUGGAAACACAACGGAGCUCAGAUGGAGUGAGCGUGCGGUGAACAGUCAUGCCCUGAACAUUGAUGAGCAGCGUGGCAAACGUGUGGAACGCAGCCGUGAGCCAACUGAUGGAGAUGUGCUUCCGUCAGGGGAGGCGAUCAGAGGUGCCGGUGACGGUGACACUGAGAUUGCGCAGCGGAUCAGGUGUAGGUAUCACGCACGGAUAGAAUUUAUCAAAGCGCAGUCGAAGGACAUGUUAGACAAAACGUUACAAAACCGCACACGGAAGGCGCUCCUUGUUGAUGUCGGGGAUACGGUUUUCUUUUGGAGGGAGGCCAAAACCAAAAAGUCAGCGCGCAAGUUUAGCUGUUGGAACGGUCCUGCCUGUGUUGUAGGAAAACAGAAAAAACAAUUGUUGGCUGUCGUUUGGAGGCCGCUGCUUCUUGGUUGCACCUGA